AUGCAGCCCUGUUUGCAGUUGUUUGUGAGUUUAACCACUCAGACCUUGCAGAAGACCAGCUUCAACUUCAACCGUAAACAGCCAGACCUCAUCAGCCACCAUGCGAGAGUUCAAGAGUAAGGAGUUCUGGAGGGCUGUUUUGGCUGAACUGGUCGGCAUGACCCUCUUCAUUUUCCUCAGCAUCUCCACAGCUAUCGGGAACAAGAACAACACAGCCCCGGACCAGGAGGUAAAGGUGUCACUGGCAUUUGGACUUGCAAUUGCAACUCUAGCCCAGAGUUUGGGCCACAUCAGCGGAGCCCACCUGAACCCUGCAGUGACCCUCGGGAUGCUUGCAAGCUGCCAGAUCAGUGUGUUUAAGGCAGUGAUGUACAUUGUGGCACAAAUGCUUGGCUCGGCUCUGGCCAGUGGCAUUGUAUUUGGAACACGUCCAAAUGACACGACUGCACUGGGGCUGAACUCUCUUAACGGUGUCACCGCCAGCCAAGGCGUAGGCAUAGAGCUCCUGGCAACGUUUCAGCUCGUGCUGUGUGUCAUUGCAGUCACUGAUAAAAGGCGGCGUGAUGUCACCGGCUCGGCACCCCUGGCCAUUGGCCUCUCGGUCUGCCUGGGACACUUGGCAGCUAUCAGCUACACAGGCUGCGGCAUCAACCCAGCCCGUUCCUUUGGCCCAGCUUUGAUCCUGAAUGAUUUCACAGAUCACUGGGUGUACUGGGUGGGUCCGAUGUGUGGUGGCGUGGCUGCGGCUCUCAUUUACGAUUUCUUGCUGUCGCCCAAAUUUGACGACUUCCCAGAGCGCGUGAAGGUGCUGGUGAGUGGGCCAGUCGGGGACUACGACGUCAACGGAGGCAACGACGCGACCACCGUGGAGAUGACAUCUAAAUAGCCACACACACUUAACCCCAAUGUACAUGUCUAUACUAUUGUAAAAAGAUUUAAAAGCUCUUGAAUUUAGUGUAUUUAGCAUUUUUUGUGUUAUUUUAAUUACCAACAAGGGGUUUUCUACUACGGGUCAUUUAGUGUCACCUUCUAAUUUGCUUUUUUUUUUGUCGACCCAGUGCAAACCUAUCAUCCGAACUUGCUGCUUCAGUGUGCACAUUUUGUACUGAAAUCCUAACAAAGCAGUUUGGAAAAUCUUUUGUUUCCUUAUCAGUAUUGUAUGUUGAGCCAUUUUUGUACAUUUCUAUAUUUCUGUAUCACUUCUUAAUGCUGACAGAUAAGAUAUUGUGUGUGCACUCAAAAGUUUCACUUUUAUAAGUAAAAUAAAUAAAAAAAAACACUUAACAUGA